GUGGCACUGUGGGACCUGCGCCAUCCCACGCGCCGCUCGCUCACCAUCGGCUCGCCUCAAGGCUUCGCCCACGCCGCCCCCCACCCCCACUCCGCUGCUUCUGCCGGCCUGCCCAUGGCGCUGCACCUCACCCUCAGCCCCUCCGUCUCGCCCGCGCUCUUCCUGCUCGCCGGCUACGAGGACGGCCGCGUGGCCCUGUGGGACGUGCGCCACCCCGACCGCCCUCUCACUGCCGUGCGCCUGCACUCACAGCCAGUGCAGAGCAUGGCGGUGUGGAGCAGUGCGGAGCAUGGCAUGUCAGGCGGGGCGGACAGAGACACCGUUAUCUUCCGCCUCUCCCUCUCCCAGGGCAGCAUGGAGGCGGUGCAGCGAGUGCGGUCACAGCAGCCCGGCACCGCUGCCAUCGCGCUGCACCCCGCGGGUGGAGUAGCGGCCACCGGGGGCUGGGAUGGCAGCGUGCGCGUCUAUGACUGUGCCCUCCAUCACACGCCUCGCCCUGCCGCCCAACUCACCCACCACUCUGCUGCU